CGCAGGAUGUAACACACAUACAAGCAUGCACGCUUACACAACACACAUGGAACCCGCCCUUAACUGACCUUUGACUGAUAAUAGCACAUGUAAGACGCCAUGCCUAUAUAUACAGGACAGUAAGCCAGACUUCACAUCACGUAGUGGGAAAGAGAUGUUAACAUCGUCUGAGGCUAACCAACAUGGAUCUCAGUUCGCUUCUCAGCUUUAGUAGUGUGACGGUGGCCAUCGUUGUUAUAUUGUUGAUACUGCUGAUCAGUCGGACACUACAAUGGCCGGCCAAUGUCCCGCCAGGUCCAUCUGGCUAUCCUAUCGUAGGAAGCAUGCCUCUACUGCGAAAGGGAAAUGUGCUCGAGACAUUCCGAAAACUUCGAGCACAAUAUGGCGACGUUUUUAGUAUACAGAUAGGGCCCAGGCUUACCGUAGUCAUCAAUGGAGCAGAGGCGUUAAAGGAAGCGUUCGUCAAGCGUGCAGAUGAAUUCUCUGACAGGCCAAGCAAUCAUUUUGCAAAAACGUUUUUUCACUUUAAAGGUAUUGGUUCCUCAUCCGGUGAACACUGGAAACAAACCAGGACAUUUUCUCUGUCCACACUUCGGAAUUUUGGAUUUGGAAAGAAGUCUUUGGAAUCAAGAGUCCAAGAAGAAAUAGAAGCUUAUUUGGAUAUCAUCGAAAAGCAAAACGGACAACCUUACGACGUGAAAGAAGUGACCACCAUGGCCAUAUCAAAUAUUAUAUGCAGUAUUACGUUCGGGAACCGAUUUGAAUACACUGACGCAAAAUUCCAGCGACUUACGUCACUUUUCGCUGAGAACUUUAGGUUAAAUUCGGUUGGAGGGGCCAUACGAUCAUUUCCAGGAUUAAGAUUCCUUCCCGGGGAUAUGUUUAAUAUAAGGAAGUUGACUCAAAAUCUCACCGAUAUCAAAUCUUUCGUUUUUGAACAAAUCGCUGAGCAUCGUAAAACGUUUGAAGAAGAGAAUCAGCGAGAUUUCAUCGAUGCGUUUCUGGGACAACAAAUCAAACAUGGCGAACAUGAUCCGAUAUUUGAAGAUAUGAACUUAUCAAUCUCCGUUAUGAAUUUGUUUACCGCCGGGACUGACACAACAGCUACCAUUAUUCGCUGGGCGAUAAUUUACCUCAUUCAUAACAAACCUAUCCAGGAUAAGCUCCGACAGGAGAUAGAGGCUGUGGUCGGGACGUCCAGGCUUCCGUCACUCGGCGACAAACCCUCCAUGCCUUACUACGGAGCAUUUAUAACAGAGGUUUUCCGGAUGGGCAACAUCGCUCCACUGUCUGUGCCUCACGGGACCAAGAAAGAUAUCAAUUUCCGGAGUAUGAUCAUUCCAAAGGGAUCCUCGAUACUUCCGAAUCUUGACUCCGUUAUGACUGAUCCAGAUCUGUUUGAGAAUCCGGAUCAGUUUCAACCCGAGAGAUUUCUAGGAAAGGACGGACAAAUGAACGGCAAGGAAAGGAAUGUAAUGGCUUUCUCUCUAGGACGACGAAUUUGUCUUGGAGAAUCCCUGGCGAGGUUAGAGCUAUUUUUGUUCCUAACCUCAUUGCUGCAGAGGUUCAAAUUUCUCCCAGAAAGCCCUGACAAACUCCCAUCAUUUGACGCGACUUUGGGAUUGGCGCGGGCGCCAAAGAACUACAAGUGCCGUGUUGUUAAGCUGAAAUGAAAUAUUGAAACAAAACAUCUUCGAGGAUUUGGACCAAUAUAUAUAUAUAUAUAUUAUAAAAGCAGAAUAAAUAUCCUUACAGACGAAGAAAUAUUAUCGAAAGAAAAAUUCUCAACAACGAGUCUUUAGUACUUUCAUCUCUUCUAGGAGAUUCUUCAGACUGUUUAAACUAAGACGUCACAUAAUAGUUCGCUAUGGUAGCAGAGUACAGUAGCGUACGGUGGCCAUGGGUGAUAUUUUUAUACAAUGAAUAACCCCUGUAAUAUAACAUGUAUCAAAAUUUAAGAAAAAACAGCAUUAAAAUGGGCAUAUAGAUGAUGAAUUGGACUAUGUGGGCUUCAUAAUUUUUCAAAAAA